AUGAUGUGCGAGGUGAUGCCAACCAUCAGCGAGGAUGCCCGGCGGGGCUCAGCCUUGGGCCCAGAGGAGGCAGGAGGGGCAGCAGGUGGUGAACUGGAGCGUCUCAUGGUCACCAUGCUUACAGAGCGUGAGCGCCUCCUGGAGACCCUUCGUGAGGCCCAGGAUGGACUGGCCACUGCCCAACUACGCCUUCGUGAACUGGGCCACGAGAAGGAUUCAUUGCAACGACAGCUCAGCAUAGCAUUGCCCCAGGAGUUCGCUGCCCUCACCAAGGAGCUGAACCUGUGCCGGGAACAGCUGCUGGAGCGGGAGGAGGAGAUUGCUGAGCUGAAGGCCGAGCGGAAUAACACCCGGUUGCUGCUGGAGCACCUGGAAUGCCUGGUGUCCCGACACGAGCGCUCCUUACGCAUGACGGUCGUGAAGCGCCAGGCCCAGUCCCCAGCUGGGGUCUCCUCUGAGGUCGAGGUGCUCAAGGCCCUCAAGUCUCUGUUCGAACAUCACAAGGCACUGGAUGAGAAGGUGCGGGAGCGGCUCCGACUAGCCCUGGAGAGGGUGGCUGUUCUGGAAGAAGAGUUGGAGCUGAGUGGCCAGGAGUCCCUAAAUCUGAGGGAGCAGCUGUCUAGGGGCCGGCGUUCCGGACUGGAUGAAGCAGGGAAGGAAUCAGAUGGGCAGUCUCUGGUGAACGGGCUCGUGGGGGAGCCCAACCGCCGGGUGGUAGAACUAGAAGAGGCCUUGGAGCGACAACGGGCCGAAACUGGGCAGCUUCGGGAACGCUUGGCUGCCCUUUGCCGCCAGAUGGGACAAUUGGAGGAAGAGCUGGGGGCAGCCCAUCGGGAGCUGGGCAAAGCAGAAGAGGCUGGCCUCAAGCUUCAGCGAGACCUCAAGGAGGCAUUGGCACAGAGGGAGGAUAUGGAAGAGAGGAUCACAACAUUGGAGAAGCGUUACCUGAGUGCACAGCGGGAAGCCACUUCACUCCAUGAUGCCAAUGAUAAGUUGGAGAAUGAGCUAGCCAGCAAGGAGUCUCUGUAUCGCCAGAGCGAGGAGAAGGGCCGCCAGCUGGCGGAGUGGCUGGAAGAUGCGAAGCAGAAACUAGCCCAGACGCUGCAGAAGGCAGAAACCCUGCCUGAGAUCGAGGCACAGCUGGCACAGAGGGUGGCAGCCCUCAGCAAGGCAGAGGAGCGCCAUGGAAACUUCGAGGAGCGCCUGAGGCAGCUGGAGGCACAACUGGAAGAGAAGAACCAGGAGCUGCAGCGGGCCCGACAGCGGGAGAAGAUGAACGAUGAGCACAACAAACGUCUCUCCGACACGGUGGACAAGCUGCUGAGCGAGUCCAACGAGCGACUGCAGUUGCACCUCAAGGAGCGCAUGGGGGCACUCGAGGAAAAGAACACGCUAAGCGAGGAGAUUGCCAGUAUGAAGAAGCUUCAGGAUGAGCUGCUGCUCAACAAGGAGCAGCUCCUGGCAGAGAUGGAGCGGAUGCAGAUGGAAAUCGACCAACUACGGGGGAGGCCGCCUUCCUCCUACUCCAGGUCCCUCCCGGGCAGCGCUCUAGAGCUUCGCUACUCCCAGGCUCCGACACUGCCCUCGGGCGCCCACCUGGACCCCUAUGGCGGCCCCGGAGGCCGGGUCGGCAAGAGAGGGGGCCGCUGGCCCGGGACCAAGGACGAGCCGGCCAAGGAAUGGGCGGAGCGAGUGACAGGCCGGGAAUCUUCUUCUGGCUCCGGGACUGGGCCAGGCCCUGCCCCAGGAGCCUUCGAGGCCGACUUGGAGGGCUCAGACGAGGACGAACCUGAAGGCCUGUUCGGACCCGAGCUGCUGUCGCCCAGCGGUCAGGCCGACGUGCAGACCCUCGCUAUCAUGUUGCAGGAGCAGCUGGAGGCGAUCAAUAAGGAAAUCAAGCUCAUCCAGGAGGAGAAGGAGACCACUGAGCAACGGGCAGAGGAGCUAGAGAGCCGGGUAUCUGGCUCUGGCCUGGACUCCUUGGGACGCUACCGGGCCAGCUGCUCCCUUCCGCCUUCCCUGACCACAUCCACCCUGGCCAGCCCGUCACCUCCCAGCUCUGGUCACUCCACACCCCGCCCUGCCCCACCCAGCCCUGCCCGGGAAGCCCCAGCUAACAGCACUAGCAACGCUGCAGAUAAGCCUAACCAUGUGCCCAGGGAGGAUGGUGUGGUCCCUGGGGACACACCACCCCCCACACCAAGAUCUGCCCGCCUUGAAAGAAUGACCCAGGCUCUAGCUCUGCAGGCUGGGGGCUCCCUGGAGGAUGGGAGCCCUGCACGGCCCAGUGAGGGUGCCCCAGACCCCCUUCAUAAGGCCCCCAAGAAGAAGAGCAUCAAGUCCUCCAUUGGCCGCCUCUUUGGCAAGAAGGAGAAGGGCCGCCUGGGAGGCCCUCCAGGCCGGGAUGGGCCCUCCCUGGCUGGAACCCCCUCAGAUGAGAUGUCCCCUGCUGACCCUCUGGGGCUAUCAAAGCUCACUGGGCCUCCAGGAGAGAAGGAUCGGAGGAACAAGAGGAAGCAUGAACUCUUGGAGGAAGCCUGUCGACAGGGCCUGCCCUUUGCUGCCUGGGAUGGACCAACUGUUGUCUCUUGGUUGGAGCUGUGGGUGGGGAUGCCAGCCUGGUAUGUGGCAGCCUGCCGGGCCAAUGUGAAGAGUGGGGCCAUCAUGGCCAACCUGUCUGAUACGGAAAUCCAACGGGAGAUUGGCAUCAGCAACCCCCUGCACCGGCUCAAGCUUCGACUUGCCAUCCAGGAGAUGGUGUCCCUCACCUCGCCCUCUGCACCAGCCUCCUCCAGAACGUGCACCGGCAAUGUUUGGAUGACCCACGAAGAGAUGGAGUCGCUCACAGCAGCCACUAAGCCUGAGCCCAAGGAGAUCAGCUGGGAGCAGAUCCUGGCCUACGGCGACAUGAACCACGAGUGGGUGGGGAACGACUGGCUGCCCAGCCUGGGGCUGCCCCAGUAUCGCAGCUACUUCAUGGAAUCCUUAGUAGAUGCACGCAUGCUCGACCACCUCAACAAGAAAGAGCUUCGGGGCCAGCUCAAGAUGGUUGACAGCUUCCACAGAGUGAGUCUCCACUAUGGGAUCAUGUGUCUAAAGAGGCUCAACUAUGACCGUAAGGACCUGGAGCGGAGGCGAGAGGAGAGUCAGAGCCACGUGAGAGAUGUGAUGGUGUGGUCGAAUGAACGGGUGAUGGGCUGGGUGUCAGGCCUGGGGCUGAAGGAGUUUGCCGGAAACCUGUCAGAGAGCGGAGUGCACGGGGCGCUGCUGGCCCUGGACGAGACCUUCGACUGCUCGGACUUGGCCCUGCUGCUGCAGAUCCCGACACAGAACGCGCAGGCCCGGCAGCUGCUGGAGAAGGAGUUUGGCAACCUCAUUUCCAUGGGCACUGACCGGAGGCUGGAUGAGGACAGCGCGAAGUCUUUCAGCCGAUCCCCUUCGUGGCGGAAGAUGUUCCGGGAGAAGGACUUGCGCGGGGUGAGCCCGGACUCAGCCGAGAUGCUGCCGCCCAACUUCCGCUCCGCGGCCGCGGGAGCCCUGGGCUCGCCGGGCCUCCCUCUGCGCAAGCUGCAGCCGGACGGUCCUCCUUCUGGGAGCCCGCGGGCGGAUGGCGGAGUCUCCGUUCGGACAUACUCUUGUUAGUGCUCAGCCAGGUGAGGGUGCCUUCGGGAGUCCCGGAGCCACGGCUUUCCGAGCUUUCUGACCUGCCCUCCCCCCUCCUCUGGUACAGGUGGGCGCGCCCAGGAGGAGCCUCAGUAUGGAGAGCUAA